AUGAUUAUGAAUUGUCUGAUUACUGAGAGAUUCUCAUCUUCACAUCAUGACUACAAACAAAGUCUGACUAAUGUUAUCAGAUCUUCAGGAAGAAUAAUGACCAAAAUAGCAAGAUUAAAAAAUAUAAGUUUAACAAAUGGCAGCUCAGUAUCACUCAAUCAUGAAGACAGAUCGGAAAGAUUGGUUCGCAGAAAGUCACGUGAACCAAUCUUUUUUGCCAUGGCUAUUUCUGAUCCUAAUGUUUUCUUGGAUCUUCUCGAUCUCUUUUUAUUUUGUUCGUCGAGUACUUCUUCUCUAGGAGAUGAUACUGUGGUACUUUUUUCGACGCGAUGUGUCUUACUUGUGGCUUUAACUGAAAGUAUGUCGACUACCGUAUUCAACAGAAUUUCGGACUUUAUGAAAGAUGAACCAGUAAAGCAUAUUACAGCAGGGUCGGUAAUUUAUAAAGGCACAGAAGAAGACCAAACAAUAUCAAAAGAUGAACUCUUAAAGUUGACGAUUAACGCAAUUCGGUCCAUGAAAUAUAUUGCUGGAGCGUUUUAG